AUGUCUAAUAUUACCGACUUGAAUGUAAGAUAUUUCAACGCCGAAAAGGCUCAUGAGUAUGACAAUCCCAGUACGUUGGCAGUGACAAAAAUUAUUAGCAAAAAGAUUUUGCAACUCUCUACUGAAUCAGCAAACCCAGCUGUUAAUUUGGACCAAGCCUCCUCCUAUGAACAGUUCAGUGAAGAUUCAGUAGAUGUUAAUGAACACUUCACAAAUGUUGAUAAAUUUUGGGAAUCCAAAACCAUUCGCUUGCUUGAUUUUGCGUGCGGAACUGGCUUAAUUAGCGAACAUUUGGCACCUUAUUGUGACAGUAUCCUUGGACUCGAUAUUUCACCAGCAAUGGUCGACAAAUUUAAUCACAAGUUUCAGAUUCUGAAUGUUAAAAAGGAAAAGGCUCACGCUGAACACGUGGAUUUGAGAUCAGAGACAGAGCCUAACGAUCGAAUUGCUGGAAAGUAUGACGCUGCUGUUUGUUCUAUGGCUUACCACCAUAUUAAAGACGUGGAUUUCAUUACUAAAAAGCUAAAAGACUGUUUGAAAUCAUCAGGUCGUCUAUACGUGGUUGAUUUUCUGAGAGGCGCUGGAAGUUUUCACGGGAAUAUGUCAGCGGAUUUCCAUGCUAGUCAUGGUAUCGGUCAUCCAAACGGGUUUACAAAGCAACAAUAUAUCGAACUCUUUGAAAAAACCGGUUUUAAAGAUGUUGUCGUUUCUGAUGGAUUUCAAACUAAAGUAUGGGUUGAUGAAGCUAAAUAUCAUAAGUCUACUUCAAACCCAAAUCCUGAAGUGAAGCAGUUGACUAAAGAUAAGGCUUUGUAUGCUGUCAAACUUGGCUUAGUCAUCGCUUCAGGUCGAAAGCCUUAG